AUGGAAAUUUGGCGGAACACCGAGCUGACAGUAAACCCAGAGAAACACAUGACACAUUUGACACAUGUUGCUGACGAUACGACCGCAGAGCAUGCUGCAACCAACCAAGGGACACCGACAAAGACGCCCAUUCAGCGAACCAAACACAACGAACUUCAGAAGAAGCAGUCGCAGCCGAGCAAGGACCCCCAAUCUACGCCCUCGAAAUCGAAGCCAUGCAAAGACGAGGUCAAAAAGAGACAUGAAGAAGCGCGGUUGAUACGGGACACGAAUCCAGACCGGUUCAAGCCCCGUCUCCCCAGCGCUCAAAUCAUCCGAGAUGGAGUCUCAGAACACGCCAUCAAACCCACAGUGGCUGCCUUUGAGAAGAAUCAUGUUGCCGGACAAAGAUUCACAUUCAAGAAAAGCUCAAACCAGGAAUACGAGGGGGGCACGUAUUCAUUGACAGAGCUGCAGGAAGGAGCCGUAACGUCGGAACUCAGGCACCGAGGCAUCAAAACCGACAAGCAACGUGAGAACUUCUGGCACAACCUUACCAUCAAGUUCUCAGAAAUAGCAGGCUCUUCAGUCCCAUUGCUCAGCGCGAGAGUUAAGGCCUACGAAGUUUUCGUGGAGGAAGCGCUCCGCAAUGAUGAUGGGAAAAGGCGAAAAUCUCGAAGGAAGGCUGAAAAAAGGAGGCUCAAGAUGGAGAAGACAAAGAAGCACGAGCUUCCCCAGGGUAUCAACGCAUUCUUGAUCCCGGGAGGCACCGACGACGAGGACUCGGGUUCGGAUUCAGAUUUUGAUAGCCAAGAGCUGAUUGAAAAGGUACGAGCUAUGGAUAAAGGGCGAAGAUCUGGUGGAGGAACAAGCUGUGGAAAGAAGUAUCGAUCGUAG